AUGGCAAGCUCAAGUGAGAGUGAACGCAAGGAACCAGUGAAUGAGCAAAUGGUUGCAAACAUGUACGGUGCUUUAAGGUCAGAAUUGAAUCAGAUAUACUCAAAAAUCACAGAACUCGAAAUGGAAGUCAGUGAACAUUCUCUUGUUAUUUCCGCAAUUGAGCCACUUGACCCAUCAAGAAGAUGCUACAGAAUGAUCGGUGGAGUGCUGGUUGAAAGAACUAUCAAAGAGGUCCUGCCGGCUGUCCAACGCAACAAAGAGGGACUCGAGGAGGUUAUUUCAAGACUCCAUGAGGCAUUGGAGAAGAAGAAGAAGGAGAUAUCUGACUUGGAGGCCAAAUACAAGAUCAGGAUUAGAAAGCAUGAUGGUGAGGCUAAGGAGGAAGACAGUGGGCGGAAAGAAGGUGCAGCCCAAGGAGUCUUAGUAGGCCCUGCAGGUGAAAGCUAAAACUCUCAACCCCAUCAUGAACUUUUAUCAUCAUAUUCUUGUAGUUUCAUCCUGAUGGUUCACUGUUAUAAGCAUGUUUGUGUGAAUUUUUGUUUUGACAAACUUCCAGUUCUCAAUAGGAAGAUUCCUGGACUUGUAUGGUAUAUAUAGAUGAUUUUGAGGGGAAAGAAUUGACUUCUCAUUGUUUUGAUUUGAUAUGGAAGUUUUUCCCUCUAGUUUUAGAA